AUGUCAAGCCAAGUAUUUCGCGUGAGAAGUAUUCCCCCGGAUGCCGAUAUAAGCGAAGUUUUAUCCAUACUCCGGGAAAAGUUUCUAAACAACCAUAUCGACCCCGACGAGUCCAGCAUUGCCCCAUCGCCUUACGACAAUACUCAGACGGCCUUUAUCCAGUUCUUUAACUUUCCUCCGGAAACCCUGGCAAAUCUAGGCCAUAACGGCUCCAUCGUCCUCACAUACAGAUUUAGACCGAAAAAGGUUAACAUAAUCAUUGAUAAAGACUUCUAUGAGUUGACCCAGCUCUACAAGCCUGAAGAAUUGCCUAUUACUGCAGACAUUGUGGCGGUUUCUGGGUUGAAUGGCCACGCAUAUGGUUCGUGGCGAAGGAAACGGGGCUCCGGAAGUGUUCAGAGCAUGUGGCUUCGGGACUUUCUAUGCGAUGACCUCCCAUCCUGCAGGACGAUGAUCUUUGGAUGCAAUACGAACUUGACCGACAGUGGUACGCAUACAAUAUCGGACUAUGCUCUGACGUUGUUAGAUGAGUUAAGAAAAGCUAGAAGGACACAGGAAGAGAAAGCAAGACCCAUCGUGUUUAUCGGACAUAGUUUCGGAGGAGUCAUUAUUGCUCAGGCCAUUGUCAAAGCCAAAGAGAACGAUAGAAUACAUGGCACCAUUUUCAAGAACACUCAUGCUAUUGCAUUUUUCGGAACGCCACACCAAGGCCUUUCAGUAGAUGAUCUACUUGGCAUGCUCAAAGAGGGAUCCCCGAGAACACAACUCGUUCAAUCUCUGCGGUCGGGAAACUCACAGCUCGAGGCGGAGCUGGAUAGAUUCGUCAACUGCUGCGAUGAUAUCAAAAUUAUUACAUUCUACGAGGCCAUACAAACUAGGAGAGUAGUAACGACUCCAAAGGGCGUUUCUACAGCUACUGGCGAUCGCUUCCUAAGAGUCGACCGACGAUCCGCCAUUCUACGCCUCCCGAGCAGGACUGAGCAGGUUCAUGUAGCCGAUGGGGACCACUCUGAUAUGGUCAAGUUCAAGCAUAACAAAGAGCGAUCAUAUCAGAGUUUCCUUGACCAUUUCAGGAACUUCAGCUUUAGCCAGAAUGUGGAGAGCCAGGCGCCUACUCCGCUAGCUUCAACACCACUUUUAACGCCACGUUUAACGCCACAUUUAACGCCACUGCCUACACGAGAUCUCCGGCAGGGGAGGGGUAUCCCAGUACCAGAAUCAAGCCAGGUGACGGCACUCGGCGCACUACUCUCUAAAGAUGUACCCGCCUUAAGGCGUAUCCUAAAGAAGACUCCGGGGGCUGUAAAUGAACGGCAGUGGGACAACGAAACCACACUCCUUCACAUUGCCAUCGGUCAAAGGGAUGAAUCCAUGGUACUCGUUCUGUUGGAUUAUCCCGUCAACUUGGCCGUAGAAGAUAAGGAUAAUCUCACCGCGCUAAAUGUGGCAGCCAUCGAAGGUCUUUCAGGGAUAGUAAAGAUACUUUUGGCGCGCCUGGGGACAGCGAACACCCAGGAAAAGGCGUCCUCAUUGAUAGGGGCAUCAUCCGCUGGGCAUUUGGGAACGGUUGAGGUUCUCCUAGGAUCGGGAAUCGGUCUUGAAGGAACGUCACUGAAGUUACUCCUCCAGUAUGGAGCAAACCUCCAGGCCAGAGCACACAAUGGCAUGAGUGCACUGCACCGCGCUGUGAUUGGGGGCAAGCAGGAUGUUGUUGCGGUCCUUGUCCAGGAGCACACGAGAAUGCGCAUACCCGUAGAUAUCAAAGAGAACGCUGGACAGUCACCACUCCACGUCGCUGCCCGGAAAGGGUAUAAAGCCAUCGCUGAAACCCUUAUUCAGAAUGGCGCGGGUAUUGAAGAAAGGUGCCAAGGCGGAAAUACUCCACUGAUUACUGCAUCCGGUCAUGGUCAGAAGGGGGUGGUUUUGGUCCUUUUAGCACGAGGUGCGGAUGUAGCUGCGGUGGAUAGGCAGGGAAUGGCACCAUUAGCCUGGGCUGCUAAAGGUGGAUUUUUUGAGGUGGUGGAGGCCCUAUUAGCCAAAGGAGCAUAUAUCGACCGCGUUGAUAUCUAUAACCAAUCGGCAUUGUUUUAUGCAACAACAGGGGGGCAUGGCAGAGUAGUGGAGUUACUCCUAAGGGUCAGGGCCCAGCGAGUCCAAGCAUCAAUUCAGCAAGCACAGAUGAUGCGAGCACAAGCUGUGAGUAUGGCUCAAGCCCAACGCUAUGGAUACGGUCAUCCAUAUGGCCCCCAACCUUCACCGCAUUGGCCCUACCGUUGA